AUGAUUGUCCCCAAUGCAAACAGUCUUCAGAAAAUGGAGGACGGAUUAAAACAGGUGCUGGUGGGGCGUCACGCUUUUAUGACCAACAAAGUUUAUUUCCUGAGCACGCUCUACCACUGCGACUUCUACAUUCUUCCGGGCGACUACUUCCUCGUUGCCAAGACCUGGCCGAUGCGCAGAGGUUCCCCGCUGUUCCCCGUCUUCAACCACCACAUGAUCUCGAUGGCGGAGUCGGGUCUGGUCGUCAAGUCGUCCCGGAAGUGGAUGCCUCGAGAGGCGUCGUGCGAGAGCAACAGCGUCGACGCCAUCGGCCUCGCCACCGUCAUGACGGCCUUCCUGUCAGUUUCAUUCCAUAUUCACUGUGAUUCAGUCGUUUUCAAUAUGUCACCCAUAAAUAGGUCACACCUACGCGUGCAGUUCAAAAUCAGAAAAACAUCACGUUAUGCAUUUAGGGCCUACAUAGGCGGUUCACAGGAAAACGGUGUUCUCAACUACGCAACAACAUCAGAAUAUCAUGAUUUUGAUAGCAACAACAGUUAUAACUCACACAUGACUGCUCAGUAG